CAUCCUGUCAGCUUCCAGGAAUCAGCAGCAGAAUCAUACAGAUAUGAUUUUGCUGUACCCUAGAAUACAGCAGGAAGUUCACGCCGCUGUCAAGCUAGAUCGCUUUUAAAGUAUAUAUAUAUAUAUAUUUUUUUUUUGCGUUUGUCAAAGGCGAAGACAUGAAUUAGCAUUCAGAAGUUAGCUUCGCCUGCGCCUGCAAUUGGGGGUGUUGAAGGUCAGUUUGAUCGGAUUGUUGUUGUUUGUAGAAACGACAUGAAUAGGACCUGGUUAAGCAGGGCCAUUGGGCUCAGUAUGUGUGCUUCGGUGAAGUAUAGUGCCAGGGGGCCUGCGCUAAUCCCGCGGAUGAAGACCAAACACCGGAUCUACUAUAUAGCACUGUUCUCUGUGGUGCUGCUGGGCCUCAUCGCCACCGGCAUGUUCCAGUUCUGGCCGCACUCCAUCGAGUCGACGGCGGACUGGAGCGUGGAGCGCCGCAGCAUGCACGACUCUCCGCUGGUGCACCUGCCUGCCUCCAGCCCCAUCCCAGAGCGCGGGGACCUCAGCUGCCGCAUGCACACCUGCUUCGACGUGUACCGCUGCGGCUACAACCCCAAAAACAGGAUCAAGGUGUAUAUCUACCCCCUGCGCCGCUAUGUGGAUGAGCUGGGCGCUCCCAUCAGCAGCACUGGGCUCUCGCGGGAGUACAACGAGCUACUGAGUGCCAUCUCUGACAGCGAGUUCUACACUGACGAUGUGAGCCGUGCCUGCCUCUUCAUCCCCUCCAUCGAUGUGCUGAACCAGAACUCGCUACGCAUCCGCGAGACUGCCCAGGCACUGGCACAGCUGCACAGGUGGGAGAGGGGGAUGAACCACUUGCUAUUUAAUAUGUUACCUGGAGGGCCCCCAGACUAUAACACUGCACUAGAUGUUCCCAGAGACAGGGCUCUGCUGGCUGGGGGAGGGUUCUCAACAUGGACCUAUCGGCAGGGCUAUGAUGUCAGCAUCCCUGUCUACAGCCCCCUAUCUGCCGAGGUGGAGCUACCAAAGAAGCAGCCUGGCCCGCGGCCGUACUUCGUGCUGUCCAGUCAGACUGCAGUUCACAUGGAGUACCGUGCUGAGCUGGAGGCUCUGAAGGCCGAGAACGGGGAGGCCGUUCUGAUCUUGGACAAGUGCACCAACCUGUCUGAGGGGGUCUCCCCCACUAGGAAACGCUGCUACAAGGGUCAGGUCUAUGACUAUCCCCAGACACUGCAGGAGUCUACGUUUUGCGUGGUUCUGCGCGGGGCUCGUCUCGGCCAGGCUGUGCUCAGUGAUGUGCUGCAGGCAGGCUGUGUCCCUGUCAUCAUCGCAGACUCGUACAUCUUGCCCUUCUCCGAAGUACUCGACUGGAAAAGGGCAUCGGUGGUGGUUCCUGAAGACAAGCUGUCUGAGAUGUACAGCAUUCUGAAGAGCAUUCCGCAGAGACAGGUGGAGGAGAUGCAGAGACAGGCACACUGGUUCUGGGAAGCCUACUUCAGCUCCAUGAAGGCGAUCGCCUUGGCAACGCUUCAGAUCAUUAAUGACCGCAUCUACCCCUAUGCUGCCCGGUCCUACGAGCAGUGGAAUGACCCCUCUGUUGUGAAGUGGUCGAGAGUGAACAGCCCCUUGUUCCUACCCCUGAUCCCUCCUCGUUCCCCUGGCUUCACUGCUGUGGUGCUCACCUACGACCGCGUCGAGAGUCUGUUCCGGGUCAUCACUGAGAUCUCCAAGGUACCCAGCCUGUCCAAGCUGCUGGUGGUGUGGAACAACCAGAACAAGAGCCCCCCUGAAGAGUCUCUUUGGCCGAAGAUCACAGUGCCCCUCAAAGUGGUGCGGACGACGGAGAACAAGCUGAGUAAUCGCUUCUUCCCCUAUGAUGAGAUUGAGACGGAGGCUGUGCUGGCCAUCGAUGAUGACAUCAUAAUGCUGACCUCUGACGAACUGCAGUUUGGCUAUGAGGUGUGGCGGGAGUUUCCCGACAGACUGGUAGGGUAUCCGGGUCGGCUGCACCUCUGGGACCAUGAGAUGAGCAAGUGGAAGUACGAGUCAGAAUGGACCAAUGAGGUCUCCAUGGUACUGACUGGAGCAGCUUUUUACCACAAGUACUUUAACUACCUAUAUACAUACAAGAUGCCUGGCGAUAUCAAGAACUGGGUGGAUGCCCACAUGAACUGCGAAGACAUUGCUAUGAACUUCCUCGUGGCCAACAUCACUGGCAAAGCACCUAUUAAGGUGACCCCUCGUAAGAAGUUCAAGUGCCCUGAGUGUACAGCUAUUGAUGGGCUGUCGCUGGACCAGACUCACAUGGUAGAGAGGUCUGAAUGCAUCAACAAGUUUGCCUCUGUGUUCGGGAUGAUGCCUCUGAAAGUGGUGGAACAUCGGGCUGACCCUGUCCUGUACAAGGAUGACUUCCCAGAGAAACUCAAGAGCUUCCCUAACAUUGGCAGCCUCUAACAACACAGGAGAGCAAGCUUCUUCCUUGUCAGAACCCCGGGCCCAAUUCAGACUUCCUGCAGGCGCUACAAAGGCAGCCUGUUGCUUUUUUUUUUCAUUCAUGGAAAGGGGGGGUGUAAACCAUACCCUCUUUUGAAGAACCAAGUCCCUAAUGUACUGAUGUAAUGAUAAAUUGACCAAGACCAUUGUAUGCCAUCCAACUAGCCAAGCUGCCAAGAGUUCUAAUUUAGAGGUGAAUUGGCUUACUGGUGCUUGAAAAAAAAAAAAAAAAGCCUUGAUUGUAAUAGUUCUGUCUUGUGAUGGGACUUCAGUUCCACUUGUCCAAGCAGGGUGAUUAUGAGCAGAAGAACCCUGACAGAAAGAAUAAGGAGUAGUAGCAUGAGGUGGUAAAUACAGGUGAGUAUUGACAUGCUGGCAAUCAAUAGCUCCUGCAGAAAGGCCUUUGCAGGUGUGCUGAUAUAGUAGAAAUCUCCCAGAAAUGAAAAUGUGCAUUUCAAAACAUGUGCUUUUUUAUUAUCAGAGAGUGUCACCCCUUCGGGUCAGAGUGGCCAGACAGCAGCAGCUCUGACCUCUAGUGGGCUGGAUAUCUGCUUAUGUCAUAACCCUACGCAAUAGUGUGUAUUGUUCUUGCAUUUUUAUAUUUAUAAAAACCUUAUCAAAAUUCCCUUUAACAACCCCAGCAUUUUUACUGUUGUUUUGUAACCUGCUUAAUAUCUGCCCUUGAGCUGUAUGAUAAACACUGUAGGAAAAGUUUCUAACUUCUUUUUUUAGCACCUGUCUCUCCCCUGUUCAAGUUGUUGUUUCAGUUGGAAAAAGAGACACAGAGAUAAAUUGUAGCUUUGUUCUAAACAGCAGCUGUAUUGUUUUAGCAUUAUGAGCUUGAAGAGAUGGGCUGUGCAUGUUGGUAAAGACUAGUUACAAAAUGGUCCGCAUAAUGAACACAUUGCGGAGGGUGACAGAAGAUUGCACACUGUGUUUGCUGCUAAGUUUAUCCUAUGCGUGUUUCAAAGGGAAUUUCUUAUCCAUAUAUUGAAGGCCAACUCAUGAAAAACAUCUAGCCAGUCAAGGAGAUUUUUCAGCUGUUGCAAUGGGCAAAGCGAAUCAGAACACUAGUUAGAUAGGCCGGUGAUGGGAUAAGGUAUUUAUAAAAGAUAGGAAAUAAAUGAGCCAAUAUUCAAGGGGCAUUAAAAUGAAUGUAUAAAAUCAAAAUAGAUUGGAUGCUUUUUUUGGUGCUGUUUGCCAAUAUUUAUUCCCCAAAUGGGGAUAACAGGAGUAACAGAGUUUUGUAAGAACUGUGAUGUUUGGACUAUAUCAUGUCUGCUGUUAUCUUUCUAUCAAGUCAUACCAGGUGUGUCUGAGUAGCAAAUUAUGUGUUGGGAAAACCAAACCAAAAACCAACCUACUUUUACUUUUACUGAGGGGUUGACAUUUCAAAUAUUCAGUAUUUGUCCUUCAGGUUUUUGUAAGUUGAGAUAAUCAACACCUUCUAUACAAUGCGGUUCAUUUUAUAUUUCAGUGCCUGUUGGAGUCUUCUAUGUUAUGUGUAACAGUAUGUUGUACAUACAGCCCAUUGUUUUCAAAUUAUUGAAAAUGAAGGUGUAUAGACAUAGUGUAUUUUUAAUGUAUAGAAAAGGUGUUGGUAUUGUACUAUAUUUGUUUUUUUGUUGUUGUUUUUUUAUUACUGUUUCAUACCAUGCAAAUAUUAAAUGAUGGUGGUCCAAGCUAAUACAGGUCUGUCUGAAUAUCAGUAUAUGUGAUCUUGGUGGUGUCCCGUUGUAUAUUUAUAAUGCAGGGCAGUAUUAAUGUAAAGGUCUGAGUAGCAUGAGGAUUGUGGGCUAUUCCCUCCUGGAAGUCCUAUUUUGUGACUUGUACUUUCAUAGCACUGAACUUGUAAUAACCCUUUUCCAAUCCAUGUAUAAAUGGUGGCAAAUUAGCACCAAGCAUCAUUACAUGGCCAAAAUGAGUACUUAGAAGAUUGAACUGACUUGCAUCAUUCCAUGCUCAAAGUGAAUUCUUACAGAGCUAUUUGUGGGCAUAGCUAUAAUCCCAGUGCCAUCAAGAUAUUAAUACAUGGACAACAAAAGAUUACUUCAUUUAGAGAGGGACUAUUCAUUCAUCAGUUGAUGUUUUCUAAUUUUGGCUGGUAUUGCACAAAUAUACAUAUACAUAUGUGACAGUCUGGGUGUGUGAUAUACAAUGUCGUGAAAAAGUAUUUGCCACCUGUCUGAUUUUCUGCAUUUUUGCAUAUUUUUGACACUGAAUGUUAUCAGAUCUUCAACCAAAACCUAAUAUUAGAUACAAGGGACCCUGAGUGAACAAAUAACACAAAAAUGUGAUACAUAUUUCAUUUAUUUAUUAAAGAAAGUUAUGCAACACCCAAUGCCCCCGUGUGAAAAAGUAAUCGCACUCUUAGACUCAAUAACUGGUUACGACACCUUUAGCAGCAAUAACUGCAACCAAACGCUUCCUGUAGUUAUUUAUUAGUCUCUCACAGCGCCCACUCCUCCAUGCAGAACUGCUUCAACUCAGUGACAUUUAUGGGUUUUUGAGCAUGAACUGCUCGUUUCAGGUCCUGCCACAACAUCUCAAUGGGGUUUAGGUCUGGACUUUGACUAGGCCAUUCCAAAACUUUAAAUUUCUUGUUCUUCAACCAUUCUAAUGUAGACUUGCUUGUGUGUGUUUCGGAUCAUUGUCUUGCUACAUGACCCAGAUACACUUCAGCUUCAGCUCACGGAUGAAUGGCCUGACAUUGUCCUGUAGAAUUCUUUGAUACAGAGCAGAAUUCAUGGUUCCUUCAAUGAUGGUAAGGCAUCCGGGUCCUGAUGCAGCAAAAUAUCCCCAAACUAUCACACUACCACCACCAUGCUUGACCGUUGGUAUGAGGUUCUUACUGUGGAAUGCAGUGUUUGGUUUUUGCCAGACAUAACGGGGCCCAUGUCGGCCAAAAAGUUCCACUUUUGACUCAUCUGUCCAUAGAACAUUGUUCCAGAACUCUUGAGGAUCAUCCAGGUGCUUUUUGGAAAACUUGAGACGCGCAUUCAUGUUCUUCUUAGUGAGCAAUGGUUUCCGCUUUGCUACUCUGCCAUGAAUCCCAUUUUUGCCCAGUGUCUUUCUGAUGGUGGAGUCAUGAACACUGGCCUUAGCCGAGGCAAGAGAGGCCUGCAGAUCCCUGGAUGUUGUUCUAGGGUUCUUUGUGACUUCAUGGACGAUUUUUCCACCUUGCUCUUGGAGAGAUUUUGGCAGGACGGCCACUCCUGGGAAGAUUCACUACUGCCCCAAACAUUCUCCAUUUGGACAAUAUGGCUCUGACUGUGGUUCGGUGGAGCCCCAGAGCCUUAGAAAUGGCUUUGUAACCCUUUCCAGACUGAUAAGCAUCAACAACUUUUUUCCGGAGGUCUUCAGGAAUUUCUUUUGUUCGUGGCAUGAUAUAGAUGUUACAGUACUAAGAUUUUUUUUCUAUUGGCACGGACAAAAACAAACUUUCCCCCAUUUGUUGAAGAUUUCCUUGAUGUAAUUCAUGCACGCCUCACUGCUGUAAUGUUUGUGGAAUGUAAUAAGAGCUGUAUGGAAAGAUAACCACUGAUAAUUGCACACCUAGCAAGCAAUGCCAUGUAAAUAGGGCAAAGAUCACCAUGCAACCUGUUGAGGGGCUUAUUGCUCCAAGGGUCAGAUAUACUCUGCUCCAGUGCGAAUUGAAAACUUUGUAAAUCUGUCCCAAGUGUAAAAGAUACACAUUGUUCUACUGUAGACAUCUACAUAGAUAUGGAUUUGAAAUCCCAGCAUAGAGAGCCUCUACAUUUGUACAAUGUCUUAACCAAACCAGUUAAUGUGAUAAAUGGACUACCAAGAUCCAUCAUAGUAAAUCACUUUAAGGUACAGCACUGUGCAUAUGUACUCAACAGGCGGGCUUAGUGCUGUCUGCUCUUUCAAAACAGGAGGGUAAGGAGUUAAAGCAAAGCAAGUUCCACUCAAUACAGGUCCUCCAAACGUAUUCCAGUCUCCCCGUGUUUCCCCUCCUCCCCCUCCUUUUAACCACAUCAGCUCUCAUCGGACCCUUUGUAAACGGCAGGCAGUUUCCAGCACUGCUGUUCAGCGUCGACUGUCACCUGUUGUUAAUAUUCGCUCUGUAAUCCACCCUGUACAAUGUCAGCAGUUCAAAAGGGCACUGUUAGUAUUUUUGUCGACUUCAAUUAGCGUGAGAUUCUCUGAGGCUCUCGAUCCAAUUUCAGUCCCCUCUUUCCAAAGCAAACAGAACCAGAGGGCUUCUUUCCCCAUGACCAUUUACAGAAUUGACACAGAUAUAUAGAUUAUUUUUUAAUUUAUUAGAUUGGUACAUUUUAAAAACACUUUAGAAAAAAAAAAAAAAUCAAACCUGUACAUUCUUCUGAAUUGUUAAGGUCAAACCUUUACUUUAGCUGUAGAA